AUGUUAAAAGCGCUCUUUAUUGGGGAGCACACUGGCCUGCUUGUCGAGGUCAACACGGCGAUCAGGAACUUUGCUCCCGAGAAAAAGGUUCAGAGUUUGACGAUUCUAUUGAGCCGGAAAGCUUGUGGCAGAGAUCGCGCCUUAGAAAAGGGCAUCAUGUCUCAAGAACCAGGGGAUGAGCAGGCUCAAGCACAGACAAAAGCGGACCUGAAGGAACUUCUAGAGAAGGAUCCACGACCAAGGGAACGCUACAGUUGUGGCAGCGCGCAAGAUGUGUCAGGGUUCAUUGGAGGCAUGCAGGAGUCUAGCGCAGCAGACAGCGGCGAAGAGGCAUUUUACGUGCUCGUUGUUACAUUUUUUUCAUAAUUGCGCUCGUCAUAGUCACUAGUAAUCUUUGAAGCAAGUGUAAAGUGCUAUAGUGUAUAUAUGAAUAUGUCAUGAAUAAUAAAGCUUAAUAAAUUGCUACAGAUAGAAUGACUUUCUCUGUUGAAGUUGAACACACUGUCACUUACGUCUAUUUCACCGAGCUUUUCUCGAUAAUCUGGGUCUAAUUCUUGUUAGG